UGUAUCCAGCAGCCAUGGUCCUGCCGCGCGCCCUGCGUCUGUGUGUGAGUGACAGGAUCCCAUGGUCAUUCAUGUAAUAUUUUUGAUAUCCAAGAUCGGAUGGUUCAUCUCCUCAGUGCGGAUCUUAUCCGGAGGACAUACGGAUAUCAACAAUGGCUUUGGUAAUGGAACCCAUCAGUAAAUGGACUCCCAAACAAGUGCUGGAUUGGAUGAAAGGGUUGGACGACUGUCUGCUCCAGUACAUAAAGACGUUUGAGCGUGAGCGCAUCAACGGAGAGCAGCUCCUGCACAUCACCCACCAGGAGCUGGAGGAGCUGGGGGUGACACGCAUCGGACACCAGGAGCUCAUCCUGGAGGCUGUGGACCUGCUCUGUGCUCUGAACUAUGGGUUAGAGACUGAGAACCUGAGAACACUGUCACACAAGCUGAACGCUUCAGCCAAGAACCUCCAGAACUUUAUCACCGGCCGUCGCCGCGGCGGCCACUAUGAUGGGCGGGCAUCGCGUCGCCUGCCUAACGACUUCCUGACCUCGGUGGUUGACCUCAUCGGGGCAGCCAAGAACCUCCUGGCCUGGCUGGACAGAUCACCCUUUGUGAGUGUGACUGAGUACUCCGUGUUGAAGAAUAAUAUUGUUCAGCUCUGCCUGGAGUUAACUACUAUUGUUCAACAGGACUGCACUGUGUAUGAGACUGAGAACAAAAUCCUACAUGUGUGUAAGACGCUGUCGGGGAUCUGUGAGCACAUCAUCUCGCUGUCGUCUGACUCGCUGGUGUCCCAGUCGGCCCAUCUGGAGGUGGUCCACCUGACCAACGUCAUGCCCAGCGAAGGCCUGGUGCGUUUCAGAACACAAGAUCAAAGUCAAGACAAACACAAGUCUGCCAUGCUGGGCAUGUACAUCAAGUCUACUUAUGACGGACUCCAUGUCAUCACUGGAACUACAGAAAAUUCUCCGGCUGAUCAGUGCAAAAAGAUCCAUGCGGGAGAUGAGGUGAUACAGGUCAAUCAUCAGACAGUGGUGGGGUGGCAGCUGAAGAAUCUGGUGAAUUCUCUACGGGAGGACCCCAGUGGAGUCAUCCUGACUCUGAAGAAGAGGCCGCAGAACACGCUGACCUCAGCCCCGGCCCUGCUCAAGAACGCCCGCUGGAAACCCCUGGCCCUUCAGCCCAUUCCCACGAGUCCCUGCAGUGAGUCGCCCACUCCGCCCAGCACCCUGGGCUCACUCGGCCUGUCCCCUGGGCUGGACACGCCAGGCAGCCAUGACGUCUUCAUACUGUCCCCUGUCUCUGGAGUCUAUGGACACAGGGAGGAGGAGAUGGAGAGGGGCGGAUUUGGUGUGUUCGGAAGCUCCGAGUCUCCAGGCUUCUUUGUGGACCAGGAGGGGGGUCCGUACUUCCCCUUACUGGAGGAGGAGGGGGGCAGAUCCACAGGGCUACGCCGCAGAGACAGGACCCCCACACAUGGUGACCACAGGCCUGUUUCUAUGGCAAACGAGUGGAUGUCAGAGCCUCAGGAGGCUGGAGUGUACAAGAGAGGAAGCCGAGACUCAGACUCCUCUCUCUUGCGCUUCAUGAGUGAUGACAGGAUCAUGGUGAUCCAGGAGGAGGGCGAGUUUGCUCGGGACUUCCAGCGUGACACAAGCCGGCGCUCCAGAAGGAAGAGCCGCAAUCCCAGCAGCCCCAGCUAUCCCAUCAGCCCCUCCAUGCUGGUUCCCCCAGUCAGGCUGGACGCAGGACCCCCUGAGGGGCUGCCCUUUCCAGUGCCCGACAACAACACUGUGCCACACUAUCAUCGUGCUGGCGACACACUCCGCGCCGAUACGGACAGAAUAACAGCAUCAGAAAUCGGCAAAAUGUAUGCAAGUUCUGCCAUUGACAGACAAGCAGGAACAUCAAUGAGGAAGUCAGUGCACUAUGCUUCUUUAAGGACUAAGACCAAAAAGAAGAGUAAAGGGUCACUGAGCAAUGCGAGCCGUAGGAGGAUCGCUUGUAAGGACCUGGGCCACGGUGACUGUGAGGGCUGGCUGUGGAAGAAGAAGGAUGACACGGGCUACUUCACCCAAAAAUGGAAGAAGUACUGGUUUGUCCUGAAGGACUCCGACCUCUACUGGUACACCAAUCAGAAUGAUGAGAAGGCAGAGGGUUUCAUCAGUUUGCCAGAGUUCAGGAUAGACAGAGCAAUCGAGUGCAGGAGGAAACAUGCUUUCAAGGCCUGCCAUCCAAAAAUCAAGAGUUUCUUCUUUGCCACGGACCAUUUAGAGGAAAUGAAUAGAUGGAUGAAUCGUUUGGGACUGGCUGCCAUUGGAUACACCCCAGAUGAUCCUGUGCCCCGCCCAGAUGAAGACUACUGGAGUGAAAGUGACCAGGAAGAGAUGGAGGGAUCCAUGACGCUCAAACACGAUAGCUACCACAGAGGACACAGUGCGAACCCCACCAGCCCGUUCCCUGAGCGCCACUUCUCCAGCGGCUCCACCUUCUCCCACUCCUCGGCCGAGGAGUCGCUCUCCUCCGGCUGCCGCUCCACGCACCGCGAGCGCCGCUCCUGGCAGGACCUGAUCGAGACGCCGCUGACCAGCGCCGGCCUGCACUACCUGCAGACGGGUGAGGGCGAGGGCGACUGGGGCGGCCCGGCGGGACCCCACGGGCCUCUCUCGUCCCUCUCCCCCGAGCACCACCGCCACCAGGCCACGCUCCCUGCACAGCGCCGCCGCGGGCCCCUGGACCGAGACGGACCCUUCCCGCUGACGGACGGCGAGGAGCGGGGCUCACGCAGCGGUGGCGGCGGCGGUGGCGGGGGCAGCCGAGCGCACAACAACAGCCACAGGCAGCAGCGCAGCCACAGCCUGCCGCGCAACCGCGACGCGCAACAGGCCGCCCUGCAGGCGCGCCACACCCACGGCACGCUCCGGCCCCGGGCCCACACGCACCGCGAGGAAGAGGAGGACGCCGACGACAACGAGCUGGACGAGGGCGGCAGCGGCGGCGGGGGCUCGAGGCGCAGGCACAACAGCCGGCGGCGGAACGGCGGAGGAGAGCGGUCAGCGUGCGAGGCGGCAGAGCGGGAGGCCGAGGCGGCAGAGCGAGACCGAGACCGAGACCGAGACCGAGAGCGCGGCUCGACGGGCGGAGAGGUGCCGGUGGACGGCCUCCAGGAGCUCUACCGCACGCUGGAGCAGGCCAGCCUGUCGGCCUUCGGCCAGCAGCGUCCCUCCACCAAGCAGGAGUUCCGCCGCUCCUUCGCCAAGCGCUGCAACGACCCGGCCACCAACGACCGGCUGCACCGCAUCCGGGCCCUGCGCAGCACGCUGAAGGCCAAAGAGGGCGAUCUGGCCGUCAUCGGUCUGAUUCUGGACGACCCCUGCCUGACUUCGCGGAAGUUCCGGGAGUGGAAGCAGCGCAACCACGAGCUCUUCGUGGACAUCUGCGAGUUCAGCGCGGGCCCACUGGAGCUCGCCUCAGACGCCACGGCCGGCGACCUUUCACCUCUGUCACCCACCCUGAUGAUGCACACACACUCCUUCAUCGAGACGCACGUCUGAGGCGAUGAGAUGCACGUCUGAGUCUGUGACGAUGGCCAUCCAUCCACACACACACACACACACACAGACACACACACACAUACACACACACACACACACACACACUCCUUUAAGCCGCCAAAAAAUAGCGUUAUAUACACACGUCAUGUAUAUCAAGAACAAUAAACUUUUACAGACUCUCAUGUCCAUUCACUGUUAUUUACAAAGUCCUAUGCCCUACUACAGAACAGACAUGUAUGUAAACAUGAAAUGUAAACACACCCAUAAACUGAUGAAGAAAAACUUGGAAGAAGCACUGUGGAGUCAAGAGACCACUCCUUUACCCCUCAACCCCGACGGACAGCUGACUGAGGAGCCGACACACUGUAACCAACACACACUCACUGUAACUAUGGGAACCAACCAACAACACACACACUGUAACCGUGGUAACGGAUGUGUACUGUGAGCGACUGCAAAAAGCUCACAGACACCACAGACAGUGAAGAGUAAAGGAUGUAAUGUGCUCCCCGAGCCCAUGUGAGCCACUAAUAACAGACUCACUCACCGGAGAUACUGAGGUGCCCCACUGCAUGCCUGAGGAAAAAAAAAGAGUCAUUCUUUCAUAUUUAGUGCUGAAGAAGAAUAUAUGAACAGCAACUACAAGGAACUGAAUAAAACACAGCGAUAAUUGUUCAGGGGCUGUAUCAUUAUCCUCUCUCUCUUUUUUUAAUCAGCUCUUUGGAUUUAUUUUUAUUUUAUUUCCUUUCUUCCCCUCGUAUGCUGCAGGAAGAGCGAUCGAUGUAGCUGUGGGCAAUGGGCUUCUUUCUGUUACCAAGCAACACACACCGCCCUACUGUGUAACUGUAUGCAGCUCUCAAAAUGUGUGAGUGUGUGUGUGUGUGUGUGUGUGUGUGUGUGUGUGUGUGUGUGUGUGUCUGUGUGUGUGUGUGUGUUUGUGUGUGUGUGUGUGUGUGUGUGUGUUUGUGUGUGCCUGUGUUUGUGUGAGUCUUGAAUGAGACAUAUGAUGAGAGUCACACUCCUGACAGGAGUGUUAUUUUCCCUGUAUAUCAUUUAAAGGACUGGAACAUCCAGUGUUUGUAUGUAUUGUUCUAUAAGUUCAAUCGUAUUUAAAAUGCAACGUUUGCAUUGGCUGCUGAGUAACCAUAGGAAUGCAAAUGUAAUGAUUGUUAUUAUUGGUUAAUCUCUUUGCAGCCAUUACAGUGUUUCCAUACCAUAAAGUUUUUCCCUUUGGCAUAUUUAUAUUGUUGGUCAAACAUCUGCAUGGUUUUAAAGAUAUUUCUGCCAUUCUGGCUAAGAAAUGUAUAUAAGAUAAUAGUCUCUUGUUUGCAUAGCUGCAUCCUCUGUUCAAAACUGUGAACUCUUCUUGUGAAUGCAAUCUUCAGAUUCUGUAUCAGCAGAGUCUUUUUACUUCUCUAUUUUGAUUUUUAGAAAAAGAGUGUAAAACAGAAAAAUGCUUUGCGUCUCUGAAAUGACUGUUUCUGCUUCUUCCCGGCAAUAGCUGGGGUUACCUCUUAAACUUUGGGUUGAAUUCAGGUCCUGAGUUUCUCUAAGAAUUUCUGUCUUAUAUGUAUGUAUACUCUUGGUUUCCCUGUGAACUUAUUCAUGGUCCCCUGAAGUCAAAUAUAUCUGAUAUAUGGCAUCGUCCUCAUCUUAGUAUGGCAUCGAGCUAAAAGUCCAUAAUGUCUGAAUCGGGUCACGUUUUUCAACACAUGCAGUACAGUAUAUAAUGAAGAUGUAAUUUUCUUUGUUUUGACUGUGAAUAGAAUCAUUGUGGAAUGUACUUUAAUUGGACUGAAUGUAACCUUUUUGAUGUGGUUAAACAUGUACUUUUUCAGAACAUAGACACCUUAGAGUACAGAGGGGAAGGUGAGGCAUGGAGCGAUGGUGUCACUCCAUACUGUAGGGGAAACAGAGAGAGAGAGGAAGAAAGAGAGCGAGAGAAUUGGAGGAAAGAUGGGAAUUGGAGGAAAGAUGGCAAAAAUCCUAGCACCCCCAUCUCUUAACAGUGAUGAGGUACAUAGUAGAAGCCAGCCAUGUGUCUGAGAUGUGUGUCUGUGUGCAGGUGCGUGUAUACUCACUCACAUGCAUGUGUGUGUGUGUGUGUGUGCGUGUGUGCGUGUGGGCUGUAUGAAAUCUGGCCAACGGGUCCCACUGUGUUAUUUUGGGCGUUCGCCCUCCAGGUCACUGCUCUGCUGUAUCAGAUGUAAGUUGCACUGCGACAUUUAAAAAAGGAACAUAUUGCUCUUUUUUUGAAAAUAUAUAAUGAGCGUUUACUCUGUACAAUGACUGACAACGACAAAAAAACAACAAAAAAAAGGUGUUAUAUGAAAGAGAGAGAUACAUUUAUUCUUCCUAUGAUUCAGAGCUAGCCCUUUUUUUCUGAAAAACAUAUAUAAAGAUUGUAAAAUUUAAGUUGUAAAAUUAAUAAACUGAA